AUGCACUUUGCAGACUUUGUCCAAAUCCGCGUGAGUGCGACUUCUCUGCUCAUACUCACUAUCUGCGGCCAGACGGUGAUCAUGGGUUUUGCAUGGGGCUUCACCGGGGCAAUUUUGUACUCGGGGGUUCUCGUACUACCUGAUAAUGUCGUUCAUCGGAUCAUAGAGCAUCCGACCGUCCUGACCUUGAUAGCUACGUUGAUCGCAACUGCCUUGUCGAUCACCACUUCGAUGUUCUUCAGAUUUGCCCUCAAGGAAGCCCUUCGGCACCAUCUCUCAGGGCCAUCGAUUACACUGUUCAAGCUUCGCACUGCCAUAGCGCUGAGCAGGCCGAUCUGGGUAUUGAGACGGAGAUUUCUCAAGCUGUCGCUCCUCACCUUGGUAGUUUAUGCGAUGGUCACAUUUUUGAGCACGAGGUCUGCACUAUUCUCAACGAACCAAACCAGCGGAGAUAUGUCUGACGCUGAUUCGUACAGUUGGAGCACUUUCCUCCUACCCACCCUUAUCGAACGGCCUGUGGGAAUCUUCGGAACGGAACUAGACUUAGGAUCUGCUGCCUUUGUAAACCAGUUGAGUACAGACAUUAAUGACGAAAAUGCGAACACCGUUCAAGCACCUGCUUUUGAAGCCUUGAAUGUUUUGACUCUCCUCAGUGGUAUUGCUGCGGUUGACAUUCAGCGAGGUGUGGAGACGAGUAGUAUGUUCAGCUUCAACGGAGUUUCAUACCAUCAGUCGACUGGUGGAAUUCUCCCCGCGAUACAGGAGUACUCUGGAUCAUCAACCCCACCGGGUUCUGCUGUCGGCCUGGCGUUCACUGGUGGACAAGUACCAGUUAAUACCAGUUUUGACUGGGGACACCUCGGACGCGAUGCAGGCACUCAAGGCAUUUCGAAGAACUAUAGUAUUACACAGCAGGGUCUCACAGCAAAUGUUACAUGUCAGCCGAUCGACCGCAGCCAGAAUACCUUUUCACUCACCCCUUCCUCGACGCCAGGACCUAAGGGCUCGAAUAUGACGUUCAUCACGUGGGUCGCCGUUGCGAAUUGUUCAGGAAACAUAAAUUCAAUAACCUCCCUCACCGUUGGCAACGCGAACGGUCAGGCAGACAAUGCAACGGAGGGACUUCUCCCCACUGUUGUAUGUCCCAACCCAAACUCGAGGGUAUUCAACCCAUAUAAGUUUGAUAUCUUCAUGUCUGGCUUGUACAAGUACAACUUCCUGCCAACGAUCGUUUGCGAAGUCACUCCCUACCUGACCACAGUCAAUGUCACUUAUAAUGGAGGCAUCAUAUCUGUCGAUCGGAUUGCCGAAUCUUCUGGUUCGACAAGCAGUUCGAAUUUUCCUUUAUCUCAGUACAUCGCGACUGUGAUGAAUUUUCAAGCGUCGUUAAGCCAAACCGUAACCAAGAAUACGAUUGGUGACUUUUUGACCGCGUACGAUACGAGCAAUGUAUCAGUGAUGUACAGCGAAUUGGAGGAUUACUGGCGCGGUAUUGCGGAGUUCUCCUCCACUCAACUUCGAUCCGGAUACUCUGCUUCGGGAGUUCCGUCGAAUAUGGCAAGGUCGACGAGCGGCACGAUGUAUAUCGAGACGUACGGCUGGCGAAGCCAAGCCCGAACGUUCAUCUUGCUGCUCGUGGUAAUCACCCUGAUCUGGCUCGCCACCGUAUUGGCUGCUGGGUACAGCCUCGUCCAAGAAAAGAUCACUGCCUCCGAUCGAUCUUUCGACUUUUCUGAUCCCAUUGAUCUGAUCAUUGCGGCAUCUGGCGGAAGACUUGGACCACAGUUUCAUGACGGGGAUGAUGAGGAAGAAAAUCAUAGCGAGGACGUCGUUAUUCGCUUUGAAGAUGUACCUGACAAGGGGAGGAGAAUGAGCAAGAGACUGGUCACUGUGGCUCCUCCGGAUUCCCGACCCCUUAACGUUGUAUAG